AUGGAUGAUUCUGUAAUGCAACUAGAUGCUAAUUGGAAAAAUAGUUUUUAUUCGAUAAACUGAAUUUAACUGUUGUUUAUGAAUGUUUUCGAUAGUCUCUCCAAUCUCAGCGUUUUAUUUUAAAGUUUUGAAAGUAUUCUUUGGUUGUGGUCAAAUUUAGAUCAGAAUUUUUUUCCUUUUACAAACAGAAUUUAUAUUGUUUCUCUGCCUUGCUCUCUAUUUUCUUACUUCUCUCUUCCAUUUUCGGGUUGUAUUCAGAACUGUCAUAUAUUCUAACCUUUUUCUAACCUAGUUGAAUGAAAAACUUCAUAAAAUCUAUGUGCAUUUCGAUUUUCGUAAAGAACUUCUUUUUUUCUUGUAAGAUUUUCAGGAACGCAUCGAGUGUUCGUUGAAUGUGGUGAAUCGAUGAGAGAUUUUUUCGAACUUUAUCGAUCUUUCGGCAAGACGAAGUUGAAUUAACAUGGCACUGUUAUUCAAAAUGUUGAAAUAUCCAGUAGCAGAAGAAACUUUGACGAGACGUAUGCAUUUGAGUUGCAGCUGUCUUUAUAUUGAAUGAUUUGUUGUUGGGCCGUGAGACCUUCAUCACUUUCUAUGUAGUCGACAUUUUGUUCAAGUAUUAUUGCAGGCGAUCUUUGCAUGACAGUUUUAGCGACAUAGUGUUACGGAAAUAUGAAUUCUGUUUUGGUGGAGGAAUUCGCGUUAAAUGA